AUGGGUGACGUAGAACGGGAUGCUCGAGCCAAGGAGCGAACGAUACUGCGUCGAGAUUGUGUAGUGGCCAGGAUUCGCCAUAUUCAUCAACUGGCUACUAAUUUAGCAACUAACCAGGCUGUUCGGCCUCAGUUAGCUGUUGCUAUUCAGGACCUGGAUGCAUUGUGGGCCAGUCUUGAGGUAGAAAAUAAUGAUUUGUUGUCAAUCCUAUCUAAUUUGAAUUUGCUGACAGAGUUUCCAGUAGAGUUGGAUGUUGAGAUCCGAUCUUACGUUCUCUGUGGUUUCUGUGAUGCUUCCGAGAAGGGAUAUGCGGCUGUAGCGUAUCUCCGCGUGACUGAUCCGUCCGGAGCUACGGCCACAUACCUCCUGGGUGCUAAAACCAAGCUAGCCCCAAUGAAGACCAUGACGAUACCACGACUGGAGUUAAAUGGUGCAUUGCUCCUUGCAUCAUGGUUGGCCAGGCUCAAGCGCAUUUUGGAGUUCCAGUUGGGAAUUUCUGAUAUCUUCGCGUGGUCUGAUUCGUCCAUAGUUUUAUCGUGGUUGAACAUCCCGCAUACGUCGUUCAAGACGUUCGUGUCGAACCGGAUAUUUCAAAUCCAGUCCGCAGUACCUGGUUGCUGCUGGCAACAUGUGCGUUCCGAGGAUAAUCCGGAUGACUGCGCGUCUCGAGGUCUCCUUCCUGACGAGCUUAAGCGAUGCAAGCUCUAUUGGCGGGGUCCGACCUUCUUGCAAUCUCCAGUCGAAGCUUGGUCUCAGGAAAUCCCACAGUUACAAUUGGAAGAGCUGCCGGAAGUAAAACCAGUGUGUUUAUUGACUCGUGAAGAUCCUCCAGUCGAAUGGUUUAUUCGGUUCUCCUCCUUUCAUCAGAUGAUCCGCGUAGUAGCUCAGGUACGUCGGUUCAUUCGGUUGUGUCAAAAGAGAAAGGUUGAGUUAGGGUUUUUGAAACAAUCUGAAUUGGAUGAGGCUAUGCUCGUGAUCGUUAGGAGCGCUCAGGAAUGCUAUUUGAGUCAGCUAGUAGUUGGCCUGCGUCGGGGGAGCCCGGUCCAGUCCAAGGCGUUAGCCCGCCUGUGCCCGUUCUUGGAUUCCGACGGCAUAAUCCGCGUUGGCGGACGGAUGCAGAACUCCAAUUGGUCGGAGAGAAGAAAGCAUCCUAUGCUAGUCCCGAAAGAGUCUCACUUAGCGGUUCUGAUUACACGUCAUUGGCAUCUUUAUGCAUGUCACGCUCGUCCGCGGUUGCUCAUCGCUCUCGUUCAGCAGCGAUUUUGGGUCAUCGGCGUUCGCCUGAUAGUUCAUCGGGUGAUUCGCAAAUGCGUGUUAUGUGCGAAAAUGUCGGCUAAUCAUCCACAACCCAUCAUGGCUGCUCUGCCAGGAUUCCGGGUCCGAGAAGCUCAUCCGUUUUCAAUAGUCGGCAUAGAUUACGCGGGUCCCUUACAGAUGAAGGAACUCAGUCUGCGAAAGGCGCGCAUCGUAAAGGUUUACAUUGCGGUUUUUGUCUGUAUGACCACCAAAGCGGUGCACCUAGAACCAGUGUCUGCUCUCUCGACUGAGGCCUUCUUGUUGACUCUAGAUAGAUUCGUUGCUCGCCGUGGCCUACCGUCGUCCAUCUAUUCUGAUUGUGGCACCAAUUUUGUUGGUGCGGCGAGGCAGCUGCGUCUUUUGGUCAACAAUCCGGAUAGUAGAGAUCAGUUGUCAGGUCAUAUAGCGUGCGAAUGGCAUUUCAACCCUCCUGGCGCUCCCCAUUUUGGAGGAAUUUGGGAAGCCGCCGUUAAGUCGGCGAAGUCAUUGCUUGUUCGUGCAAUGGAUUCCCAAAUUUGGACCUUGGAAGAGUUCACAACGGUGUCGUGUAGGGUAGAGGCUGCCUUGAAUUUGCGUCCCCUAGUACCAGCAUCAUCCGACCCAAAUGAUUUAGAAUGUUUGACGCCCGGUCACUUUUUGAUUGGUCGUCCUCUGUUGUCAAUCCCAGAACCUGUUAGUACCAGUGCACAAGUGGGACUGCAGACUCGCUGGAAGCUCCUCCAGCAGUCUUUCCAGUUCUUUUGGCGACGUUGGUCUCGAGAGUAUUUGAACACCCUCCAAGCUCGUGGUAGGUGGACGAAGGCUGAUACCAAUCUCGAAGUUGGUACCAUGGUUAUCGUCAAGGUUAAUGACGCGCCCCCGCUGUCGUGGCCAUUAGGAAGAAUUAUUGAGGUGUAUCCAGGAACCGAUAAGGUGGUACGGGUAGCUAAAGUUAUUACCAAACAGGGGGUGUUUACUAGACCGGUGGUGAAACUAGUACCUCUCCCCACAGAUCCGUAG